UUCCCUCAGUCUGCCUCCCCCAUCAGCUGACAUGUGUAAAUGCCUUUGGUUGCCAGGAAGUGCGUGACUGUGCGCACAGGCAAGGAAAUGAAAGGACUUUAAAUCUCUUCUGAAAAUAACAAAAGAGAAUGUUUUCGCCGCAGAGUGUCCGCUAGCGGAGCAGGUCGUCGGCAUCGCCGGGGAAUUAGAUAACAAUUCGUGCUUGUUUGACUGUGUUCGCGGAUAUUUCGUGAGUAAAAAGCGGCCUGGAAAAGAAAGACGAAAAAUAAAAAGGGGGAGGGAGACACCGUUUUCAAAGUGGGGGUUUCGCCUUUACUUUCGUCUGUAGCUAGUUGUCAGUGAAUACUUAGUCAUUUAUCGAAUAUAGUCAGUCACUUUAUACAGUCUGGAGAGUUUAGACAUUCGAGUACUUCUUUCUGAAGUAAAGUCGGAUUUAAAAAAAAUCCGGUCGAUUUUGACUAAUUAUGGCUAGAAUGCACAAAGUUAACUAGUCUUCUCGUUAACAACUUUCUAGAAUUCUCCUUCAGACAAACUCGCUUGCGGUUUAACAGCUGGAAAACUCCGUUAACUAGUCUUGCACUCUUCUGUUAAAAACAUCCCUGUUGUUUUACGGCGCCGUGACGCCCGACGCUGUUUAAUGUGGACUUGCCCAGCAGCGGGUUAAACUCGCGUAUUCAGCUCACCGUUUAACAGGUUAACGCCUUGCUGCGCCUGGCCUGUGCUGCUCGGCCCUUGGAGAUGGAGGACCGGGCCAAGGCGCAGCCGUGGGGGAGGCUGGUGAAGAUGGACCCGGGUGCGGGCUCAGAAGUGCUGCUGGUCAACAAGGAGUGCACAGUGGGAAGAAGAAGGGGGUGCGAUCUCUCCUUUCCUGCCAAUAAACUGGUCUCAGGGGAUCACUGUAAAAUAGUGCAAGAUGAACACUCAGGUGAAGUCUGGUUGGAGGACAUGAGCACCAACGGCACUGUGAUCAACAUGUCCAAACUGGUUAAGAAGCAGGUGCACCCUUUGCAGAGCGGUGACGUGAUCUACUUUGUGUACAGGAAAAACGACCCAGAGCAAAACAUAGCAUACGUUUACCAUUCUAUUCCUCUGCAGUCGGCUGGUCUGCGACAUGCAACAGCAGCAUCCCCUGAGCAGGCAGGGGCAGCUCAAGAUGAGCCACAGCCCUCCACCUCCAGCUCACAUGUGUUCUGCACCUCCACUCCAGUGGCCUGUCCCGCUGAAGCUCAUCACGGUGGGCCUCAGAUGGCCUCCUCGGGUUCUGAAACGUCUCUCCCAUCCCACGAUGGCCCAGGGCCAGAACCUGUAGACACGAGAGUGAAGCCUCCAUGUACGGGAGAUGUCCGUAAGACUGAGGCUAGGGAUGACGAGACGGAACCAGAGAGGAAAAGGAGAAAAACUGAAAAGGACUAUGACUUUGACCUGCCUGACACUGAGGCCACUGAGGCUGAGGGCCCCCAUAAGGAGCCCGUGGAGGCCCAUGUGCGGAAGGGAGCUGCAGAGGGGUCAAAGGUUGACAAGAUGGAGGAAUCUCUGACCUGUAUCAUCUGCCAGGACCUGCUGUAUGACUGUGUGAGCCUCCAGCCCUGCAUGCACACCUUCUGCGCCGCCUGCUACUCCAGUUGGAUGGAACGCUCAUCUCUGUGUCCUACGUGCCGCUGCCCCGUGGAGAGGAUCCGCAAGAACCACAUCCUUAACAACCUGGUGGAGGCGUACCUGCUGCAGCACCCAGAGAAAAGCCGCAGCGAGGAGGACCUGAAGAACAUGGACAUGCGCAACAAGAUCACUGAGGACAUGGUGCAGCCCAAACUGGAGCGGUCCCUCUCCGAUGAGGAAGGCAGCUCUGACUACCUGUUUGAGCUCUCUGACAACGACAGCGAUACCUCUGACGUCAGCCAGCCCUUCGUCAUGUGCAGGCAGUGUCCUGGCUACAGGAAGGAUGGCAUCCAUGGGGCCUCUGUCUCUGGAGCGAUGCGGGGCGAGCAGAUCGCUAAGCCUUUAGGGGAGGGACCCUCCACGUCCGCCAGUACCCCUUCAGCUCUUCUGGAGUACACAUGCCCUCUCCAGGGCAGUCAUGUGAUUUGCACAUGCUGCCUGCAGCCCAUGCCAGAUCGCCGCAGUGAACUGACCAACCACCCCUUAUUCACGCAGCAGUGUGCCACGUGUCACCUGCCGUUCUGCCACAUGUACUGGGGGUGCCAGCGGAUCGGAUGUCAGGGCUGCCUGGCGCCAUUCAGCGAACUCAACCUCACAGAAAAAUGCCUUGAUGGAGUGCUCAACAGCAAUAAUUACGAGUCCGAUGUCCUUCAGAAUUACCUGGCUUCCAGAGGCAUGUCGUGGAAGGAGAUGCUCCAGGACAGCCUGCAGGCCCUUCAGCAGGGUACCUUCCACCUAUCAGACUAUCGCAUUACUGCCAACACCGUCCUGUGCCACUGUUGUGGCCUGAGAGCUUUCAAGGAACUGGCCUACAAGUACAGGCAGAACAUCCCGGCCUCCGAGCUUCCAGCGGCUGUGACGUCUCGUCCUGACUGCUACUGGGGACGCAACUGUCGCACACAGGUGAAGGCCCACCAUGCUAUGAAGUUCAACCACAUUUGUGAGCAGACACGAUUUAAGAAUUGAAGAGCCCUUCCCCACUUCCCCCCUGGAGAGAGAGGAGGCUCUCCUGCUGUGUCCGAGUGCCUUUUUGGGUGAUGGUGCCUAUGCUGGAGCCCUCGGGUUUAGCAGAGACACCCCGGGACAAAAAGAGUAACUUUCAGGAAGCCUGAGUCAUUACAGUCUCAUGCCAUUUUGCCUGUCAACGUUGCAAAUGGACAAAAAGGCAUUGGUGUGAAUAGCCUCAUAAAUGUAGUCUUUGUGUAAGGCCUGUGGGAAUCCCCCAGACGGCCUUCUGUCUGUGAUGUCAUCGGGGUUCCUGUAUCCACGUCCACACACUUAGUGUGCUCAUCAGGUCACGCUCUCUCAUUGUUCGUCAUGUUGCUCCUAUGGUGUUUUCACGACUUUCUCAGUGUUACAGCAUAAUUGCUUGAGUCUCCCUAUCUGUGUGUGUCCAUUUCUGAGCAGUGCCGGGCUCCAGGUGGCUGGAGCGCCUGUCAUUAGCGGUUAGCUUCUCUCUAGGCGUUCUUGAAUAGAGAGCUGAUACGGUGUGGGAGUUCCUCCAUGCGCCCCCUUCGAGGGGGCGUCUUACUGACACAAAGCUGCCUACUAUUUGUCCCAGUGUUAGGAAAGAUAGUGGCAGUGUGUGUGCAGGGCCUCCCUCCUGUUAGUGAGUGAUGGCGUUAGCACCUGGCUAGCCCUGAUUUUAUUUCAGAUUUAAUGCUGUAUUAAGUCAGGUUAAAGCCUGGCAUCAGAGCUCCCUGUUUCUGUGGCGACUCCUAUUUAUUUAUGGGGGAGACGCGGUGGACACUCAUGCAUAUAAGAUAUGCUGUGAUGCUAUUCACAUCUGACACUGCGAUUUAUACUGGGCGGCAACAGCGGGUAGCUUGAAGCAGUGAUCACUCUUGGGGUAGGGGGUGGUGGCAUUCAGCCUUUUUUGGAGGGGAUGGGGGUAGCCAUCUUGGUUCCUGCUUUGCUUAGAGAUAAUCAGCCUUAUUACCGUAGUUCAUUAGCCGCGGUUCGGUGGCACUGUGAAACAGCAAGCCGAUCCGCUUAGUUGUGGUCCUUAGUGUGCAGGGGGUGUGCUGUGCUACACCCUCACGGAGAGAGCCCUGUGGACAGAGAAUGCGCCAUGUUCAUAUGGUGGGCAGGUGGGGGGGAAGUGAAGUAAAGGCGUUUUUCUUUCUUUUUUUUUUUUUGCUGUAAUCACUGUUAAACCUUAAAGACUGAAUGCGUACGCUUGGCUAUAGCAGCAAAGCACGAGUCCGCAGACAUCGAUAUGUAGAGGGGCCUUAAUCACCUGCGGAUCUGCGUCACAGGGAACGGCGGCUGAGCGGACCCGUUGCGCGAAUCGACGGGGUUCUUCGUUAGCGCGGAGCAUCCGCUCUGAACGGCAGCCUUAAUGGAAGCCGCUGUGUCCCCCGUAGUGCUUUUUGAAUUGCAGCGAUGAGGAGGGUGCGUUGACUGCUAAGAUCCUGUUUAGUUGAUGAAAUGUGAGUUUCACAGGUUAGAAGGAAAUGAGGAUGUAGGGUUAUGGUUUGUAAUUAUUCUGUUAUUGCAGGGAUCAGUUGGUCUGUCCUGUUAAACCAGUGCCUGUUUAAUAACCAGUCCCACCGCUUCCCAAACUAGUUUAGGCUGCACGCUAACAGAUUAACCUUGUUAGUAGGUCAGGCAGCCCACAAUCCACCCAUUUGCUUUCAUAUUAUGUGGUUUGGUAACAGGGGAAAAUUAUCCUGGUAUUGGGCUAAUGAGAUUGACUUCCAAACCCCUAAUCAGCCCAUAGACCCACAUUUAUUAGAGUUAAAAUACUUUUCUGACUGGCUUAUCCUAUUAAAGUGACUGAUUACUUUCUCCUCCCUCAUUCUGAUACAUGCGGUGUGUGUAGUGUUUCCCAUAGACAGAUUAAUGACACUCUGGCUUCAGCAAUCCAAGUGACAGAGUGCUGGAGGUUCCCCGGGGGGGUUGGAUGGGGUGGUUCGGUUUUAAGGAACGCCUUCCUGUGGUGGCUGAUCGACGGUCCUCCAGCUGCCAAGAUUAUGGACUCUGCUUCAUGAUCCAGCUCUCCUCCAGUGGUGCUUGGCUCGUCCCCAGUCACGCCACACUGACGUAAAGGGGGGGAUGGGGGGCACAUUGGUUUCAUGAUGACCCGGGCAGCCCCUAGUCUUAAUUUCCUGUGUCUGUGCCGCGGCUUUCACCGUGAGCCGGAAAGGCAGCAUUCCACUGUAGCCCUGGGUGGCAGCCAAGCCGGGUCCCUGAGGCUCACGGAUUUUAAUCGCUCCUAACAGGAGGGUCACCGCAGGCCAGCUGCCGGUCAGGAGGGGGGAGGGGGGGUUACUGAGGUCCCCAGGCCCCCUGCCCUCCUCUGAGGGAAUCGCUGUGUUCUAGUCCAACCCAGUCCUCGGGGAACUGCAGAGUCCACAUUUUUGCUACUAAGAGCUGAGGGGGAGCAAAAACGUGGACUGUGUGUGGAUCCCCAAGGACCGGGUUGGGAAACACUGGUCUAGGUGUUUACCCACCUUUUCUUUUUUUCCUCACUGGAGGGGACAAGAUAAUUCUACCUCAUCUAAGCUUACAAUAUAAAAUAAAGGCAUGAGUGCGUUAUGAGCUUUAGAUUAGCGGCAACAGGAGUGGCUAUAGAGCCGUGCUGCCUGAUGUAAGGGCUGCAGCUGUUAGAGAUGCUGAGUGAGAAUCAUUUCCCGUUAGGUAGACCUGCUUCUGAGAACAUGUGGUUAACGGCAUUAAUAAAGCGUUAAAAUCA